CCGGACGGCUACAGCGGGGUGGUCUGGGCAACCACCACUAAAAGCAACCCGUUUUGGGGGCAUGCCACCUCCUUGCGUUGCCAGUCCCUGUAGUCAUCCGACCAGACCCUGAGGUUGCAACGCGUGCCAAUGAAAGGACGUUGCCAAACAGGCGAGCUCGUCACUCUGAUAUUCUUAAUUCCUAAUCUAUUGCCGUUUGCUUGUUAAACAAUCUGCGCGCCUUCUCGAUUUUCAGUCUUCGCUGCCCAUUACGCCACGGCGUACCUUUUCAUUCCACUUCCCCAGCAUUUUGCGCAGCACAUAAUCCAAGACAAGGCGCCAUCUAACACCACUCGUCAUCACAUUACGGUCUAUCCUCGGGCUUCGAGAUGAACGUACGGCCGCCUCUUGAGCCGUCAAGCCCGACAGCGGUGUUGUCAGUAUCGUUCAACCAUGACGCUACCUGCUUUUCUGUCGGCCUGGAAUCAGGCAUCUGCAUUUUUCAUACAAAGUCGUGUCUCUUGAAAGCAUCGCGAGAUUUCAACGCUGGCAUCGGCCUUGUCCAAAUGAUGGGCACGAGCAACUAUUUAGCACUAGUCGGUGGUGGCAGGUCACCAAAAUUUGCAAUGAAUAAGGCCAUUAUCUGGGAUGACAUGAAAGGCAAAGUUGCCCUCGAUAUCGCCGCGCUCAGCUCUGUCCGCGGCAUUCAACUGGGUGGUGGUCACAUUGCAGUUGUUCUACAGAAUAGCGUGCGUGUUUAUACCUUUGCAAAACCACCGGUUCUCCGCCAUGUUUACGAAACAGCCGACAAUCACGCCGGUCUUUGUUGCAUCUCAGAAACCCGACUAGCAUUUCCAGGGCGAACUACUGGGCAGAUACAGCUGGUCGAGAUAGCCACCGGCAAUGUCAGCAUCAUCCCAGCUCAUUCAUCGGCGUUGAAAGCUAUUAGAUUAAGCGCCGAUGGUGAGCUGCUCGCAAGUGCCAGCGAGACUGGUACACUCAUCCGUGUAUAUUCUGCAGCCAACUGUGCAAAGAUUGCUGAGCUACGGAGGGGUAUUGAUCCUGCUACCAUCUUCUCUCUAGCAUUCUCACCGUCAGGUCGUCUCUUGGCCUGUACUUCCGACAAAGCAACUCUGCACAUCUUCGACCUGCCCCUCCAAAAGCGAGCUUCCGUUCAAUCUACAGCAGGAAACGACGGCGAUACUGGGAAAUGGGGUAUCUUGGGGCGCAUUCCUCUCAUGCCAAGAGUAUUUUCGGACGUGUACUCUUUUACUUCAGCUCCAUUUGAAGUUGGCGACGAGGGCAUGAUCGGCGGCAUCACGUUUUCCGAAGGCACGACGCUGGGCACGAUACGCCCGUCAAAGGGCAUCAUCGGUUGGAUAAACGAAGAUAGCCUGGUAGUGGUAGGAGCCGGUCGCGAUGCCCGCUGGGAGAAGUUUGUCAUAGUUGACGGCGAGGAUGGAAAGCGCCACUGUGUUAGAGAGGGAUGGAAACGAUAUCUUGGCAACUAGAGAGCAAUCAUACGCGGGUUUACAAUGUAGAGCAUGCAUAUUUGGAACAGCAAUGGGCAGCAUAGAAAUGGCGUUUACACUGAGUUUAUUAUCAAUAUAUUGGGUAUCUUUUCUUUACUUAAAUGCGCCCCAUCAAUUACUUUUGUGAGGAGACCUCGUCCUGCUUCGUCGGCGUCUGUCAUGCCCACGACGUUCCGAGUCGCGUGGUUGAUCGCUAUCAUCAUCAUGUCUAUGUCGUCUUCGCUUAUCAUCGUCGUAAUUUGAUCUUUCUUGGUGACGACGGUCGCUUCGACUCUUAUCGUCUCUCUUGUCACGCCGGCUUUCGUGACCAUCGCGGUGACUCCUGUGCUCCCUGCUGCUUCUGGAAUCACCAUGUCGAGAUAGAUGUUCUCGGUCAGCUGGUGACCGGCUACGGCGCCUCUCAUGACGAUCUUUAUCUUUGCUUGAUCGAGAUCGGUGGCUUCGGUGUCUGUGGUGGUGGCGGCUCUCCUUCUUUUCGGCUUUUGCUCUGGCCUCUUCAACCUCUUUUUUCUUCUCUUCAAUAAGGAAUCCUUUCAUGGGAUCAUCGUCGUCAUGAUUCUGUAUCAGCUUAGCUAGUUCAAUUUCUUCCGGUAGUAUCGGCCGUCGCUCGUCUUCACUGCUCUCGUCGUCGGAUAGAGGUUUGCCUUCGCGGCGUUGGAUGUCCUCCCAGCCAACUUUGAAUUCGUCUUGGUCUUCGUCAUCGCGGCCCUGGUAUCUCGCAUGGUCGACUUUGACCAGUCUUCCUCCGAUUUCUGCACCACCGAGAUUAUCGACGGCCAGGUCGGUACUUUUUUGGUUUUCGUAUUUAAGCCAGCCAAAGCCCUUCGACUUUCCCGUCUCCUUGUCGCGAACGAGUUUAAGAAAUGUGGGUUCUCCGUACUGUGAGAAUAUAGUAAUAACAUCGCCUUCCGUUAACUCGUAGGGAAGGCCUCCGAAGUAAAUAAAUGCUGUGUCGCGAUAGUCGACAUGCCAUGAGCCUUCUGGGGAG